GUUUAUAGUCUCUACUCUCGGCCGCAUCCAUGAUGUACAGGUAAUGAUGAAUUUUGCAAUUGUUUAUAGCAAUAUAAAGUCAUGCUUGCUGAGCUUGUCCAGGACAUCCAUGGCAUUUCGAAUAAAACUUACAUGAUAUGUAGUUGUACCUUUUUUUUGGUUUUUCUUUUUAUCAUCGUUAAUCUUAGCCUACAAUAAACCAUUCAUUAUAUAUCAGUGGCUACAAAGAUAAAGCAAAGAAUAUCAAUAGAAUGUUACAGGAGGAAGAAUAAAAAUCGUUUUGAAGAAGGCGUCUGCAAAAAAAAUGCCCUUAAUUAUCUUUGGUGACGGUCUGAAAAUCAAAUACUAUGUAAAGUUUAAAGGUCUUCGGCAUGGUGUCUCCAACAAAAUCUAUAGACAAUUAAAGAAUAGAGAGGGACUUGGAGGGUUGUUACUUCUUAAUAUCAAUGAAUACAAAACUUUCAAUACCUACAACUCUUGCUUAAAUCAAGACCUACAGAAUCUGAAGUGUAGAAGAGGUGAUGAUAAAAAGAUCCAUCAAGUAUUGAAGUGCAACACUUGCAGUAUUUUUUGGAAUCGUAAUGUAAUGGCAGCUAAGAACAUGCUUCUCAUUGCACAUUCUACCUGGAAUGGUCAAGCUCGACCUAAUGUCUUCAAAAGACAAAUCGCCACCUCCAACGUGGUUGCCUCGUCCUACUCCGGUGGGGCGCCAGCUUAA